AUGUCGAGUACCGUGCUGGAGGUAGGGACGGGAGUUUUCGUCGUCGCUUUGAUUUGGAUAGCGGCUCUUGUGUUUGGGAUGGUACUGCUGAGAGCAUCCGAAUCAGCCAAGUUAGGAGUGAUCCCUGUUUUUCUUCUGGCUCUCAUCAUCACUCUGGCCCUGGUGUGUUUCCCUCGCAGCCGAGAGACAACUCCCCCUUUCAAAGAAGUCCAGAUAGUGGACAAUUUGUUCAUCGUCCGCUACGUGCUGCUGGCAGUGGUGAGCGUAGUCUUUCUGAUGAUGUUCUUCAUGCUGCUUCCCUUUCAUUUCCUGGAGCCGGUCUAUGCCAAGGCCUUAGGAACACAUUAG